UUUUGCAAUACACAGGAAGAAGGAAGUGAGGUCUGAGGUGGUGGUCUGGAGUCGAGACACACUUAACACAUUAAAAGUGUACUGAAAGAAAUAUAGGCAACACAGCACAACACAUGAAUACAGCCAACCUGUUGAUGAAAAAGACAGAAAAGGAGUGACUGAGGAGUGAGAAUGGCGAAGAAUAAAGGUGAAGCACGGAAGUUUGACCCUACCUUCAAAGGACCCAUCCACAACAGGGGCUGCACAGAUGUGUUCUGCUGUAUUCUCUUCAUCUUGGCCAUCCUGGGAUACUUUGCUGUGGGGAUCCUGGCCUGGUCUCAAGGGGACCCCAGGAAGGUUAUCUACCCGACUGACAGCAGAGGACAGUUCUGUGGCCAGGCCGGGACCCCCUUGGAGAAGAAACCUCUCCUGUUCUACUUCAACAUCCUGAAGUGUGCCAGUCCCCUGACCCUGCUGGAGUUCCAGUGCCCCACCACUCAGUUAUGUGUGGAAAGCUGUCCUACCAAACACAUGACAUUGCUGAAAGCCUACCUGAACAGAGGAGAGCAGGAGUACUACAAGCAGUUCUGCAAGGAAGGAGUGGACUUCUCCAAAAUGAGUGCUCCCGAGAUCCUGAGGGAUGGCCUGUGUCCUUCCAUGCUCAUGUCCAGCAAACCAUUCACUCGUCGGUGCCUUCCAGCUCUCAGUACCAUGAAAGGUGGUGUGGUUGUCGUUGGCAACGAGACUAUUUUUGACAACGGGGAGGGAGAGAAGGUGAACGCCACUGAUUUUCUGGACGCUUCAAAGAAGUCCAAUGUGGUUGUUGAGGCUCGCCAGGUCGCCAUGAGGAUCUUUGAGGACUACACUGUGUCCUGGUACUGGAUACUGAUUGGUCUGGUGAUAGCCAUGGUGGUCAGUCUCAUCUUCAUCGUCCUCCUGCGCUACCUGGCCGGGAUCAUGAUCUGGGUCAUGAUCGUCAUGGUGAUACUGGUCAUCGGAUAUGGGAUCUUCCAUUGUGCCAUGGAGUACCGCAGCCUGAAGGGAGAGCCGGGUUCUGACGUCACUAUCCGUGAUCUGGGACUGCAGACAGACUUCUCUGUUUACCUGCAGAUCAGACAGACCUGGCUGGCUUUCAUGAUCAUCCUGUCCAUCGUGGAGGUGGUUGUCAUCCUGCUGCUCAUCUUCCUCAGGAAGAGAGUCCUCAUCGCCAUUGCCCUCAUCAAGGAGGCCAGCAGGGCUGUUGGCCAUGUGAUGUCAUCACUGUUCUACCCUCUGUUGACCUUUGCCCUGCUGGCCCUGGUCAUAGCCUACUGGGCCAUCACCGCUGUCUUCCUGUCCACCUCCAAUGAGCAGGUGUACAAAGUGUUCAACACCACUGAGUGUGAUUACUCCAGAGACACCUGCAAUCCCGAGACGUUCAACACCACCAACAUCACAGCCCGGUGCCCGGACGCCGAGUGCCUGUUUGCCUUCUACGGAGGCGAGACCUACUACCAUAAAUACCUCAUCCUGUUCCAGUUCUACAACGUGUUCCUCUUCUUCUGGUGUGCUAACUUCGUGACGGCGCUGGGUCAGGUGACCCUGGCUGGGGCCUUCGCAUCCUACUACUGGGCCUUCAAGAAGCCCGACGACAUCCCAGCCAACCCCAUCUGCUCCUCACUUGGUCGAGCCCUCAGAUACCAUACAGGCUCCCUUGCCUUCGGUUCCCUCAUCCUGUCUCUGGUUCAGGUCAUCAGGGUUCUGCUGGAGUACCUGGACCAGAAGCUGAAAGCUGCCCAGAAUCGCUUUGCCAAGUUCCUGCUCAGCUGCCUGAAGUGCUGCUUCUGGUGCCUGGAGAAAUUCAUCAAGUUCCUCAACAGAAACGCCUACAUCAUGGUGGCAAUAUAUGGUAAAAGCUUCUGUACCUCAGCCAGAGAUGCCUUCUUCCUCCUCAUGAGAAAUAUAAUCAGGGUGGCUGUCUUGGACAAGGUGACUGACUUCCUAUUGUUUUUGGGGAAGCUCCUCAUCGUUGGAAUUGUGGGAAUCUGUUCUUUCUUCUUCUUCUCUGGGAGGAUUAAGGCUGUGGAGCAGACUGCCCCCUCUCUCAACUACUACUGGGUUCCCAUUCUGACGGUGGUGGUGGGAUCCUACCUGAUUGCCCAUGGAUUCUUCAGUGUGUACGCUAUGUGUGUGGACACACUCUUCCUCUGCUUCUUGGAAGACCUGGAACGCAAUGACGGAACUGCAGAGAGACCCUACUUCAUGUCUCAGAACCUUCUCACCAUUCUGAAGAAGUCCAACGAGAAUCAAGCCAAGACUGUAGACUAGCUGUUGGUGUGUGCGUGCGUACAUGUGAGGAGAACAGAGAAAGAUGAGGUCAAGCCGCCUUGCCUGCGCAGUGUGCUGUGUGUGUCGAAUGUGCCUUAAGAUCACGAUACUGUAUGGCUACAGAAGGAUGCCAUCGUCACAAACGUAGUCAACAUAUUCCGUUGUGUUUCCCACAGAAGGUGUCUAUGACAGAGCUUAUAAUAUUUGUUUUUUUUAAAGAUGUAAAUCUGUUCUUGUUUUAUUAUCAUUUUUGUUGUUGCUUUUGUUGUGCCUUUUGUUUGGCUAGGCUGUUUUACUUUGGCUAGGCUGUUUUACUUUGGCUAGGCUGUUUUACUUUGGCUAGGCCGUUUUACUUUGGCUAGGCUGUUUUACUUUGGCUAGGCUGUUUUACUUUGGCUAGGCUGUUUUACUUUGGCUAGGCUGUUUUACUUUGGCUAGGCUGUUUUACUUUGGCUAGGCUGUUUUACUUUGGCUAGGCUGUUUUACUUUGGCUAGGCUGUUUUACUUUGGCUAGGCCGUUUUACUUUGGCUAGGCCGUUUUACUUUGGCUAGGCCGUUUUACUUUGGCUAGGCCGUUUUACUUUGGCUAGGCUGUUUUACUUUGGCUAGGCUGUUUUACUUUGGCUAGGCUGUUUUACUUUGGCUAGGCUGUUUUACUUUGGCUAGGCCGUUUUACUUUGGCUAGGCUGUUUUACUUUGGCUAGGCUGUUUUACUUUGGCUAGGCUGUUUUACUUUGGCUAGGCCGUUUUACUUUGGCUAGGCCGUUUUACUUUGGCUAGGCCGUUUUACUUUCUGCAGUCCUCUUGAAACUCUCUUUGAACAUACAAAACUUUGUUACCUUUUUGGGGUUUUGUGGCUGACUGUAUAAUGUGUUCAAUUUGAACACAUGUUUUACAUGAGAAUUCUCAAAUUUUUGUCAGUUUUCUCAAAUGUAUAAUGAAUUACAUAGAUUUUCUCACAUUUCUUUUACAAAAAUGUUUUGCUUAAAUGCUAAAUAAUUUUUGCAUCAGGUUUGUUAAUAAUAUUAUUUUUCACUAUUGCUGCUGUUGAUCUUUGUAUAAUGGCUGCAUAUUGCAGUGUACAUUUACUGUAACUUACCAAAGUAAAGAAAACAUGUUCUAAUGCAGUAUUAGUUUUGGGACUGAAGGUUUGUUAAGGAGUCCAUGGGCCAGUGAAAAAUGUAGUCCACCUUGGGGUGGUAAAGGUUUAAUAGUCUCAUCUUAUUCCCCCCAUUCCUAUGAACAAAUAGAUAUGAUGCUAAUUGAAAAUGACUGUAUCAAACAACAAUAGAACAUUCCAUUGGGUGGAUCUCAUCGUAAAAACAUGGUAUUUGGUACAUUUUUGCCAUCUCUUCAAAAUGAUUUACCUAGACUGACUCAUCGUUGAAACGACACUGUUAUAAAUAGCGGAACUAGAUAUUUCUGUACUUCCCAUUCUGUCUUGAUAUACCCCAAAAUGCAUACAUUUAUGACCUUUGACCCCCGAAAGAUUGGACCAUAGAGAUGUCAUUACCAUUCCAGUUUUUUCAUACCUUAAUAUGUUGUAUUAUGAAGUGAAUAACAUAGAAAAUUCCAUUUGUUUGAAAAGAUUGUUCCCAGAUAAUACAACAUUAUUUCAUACCAUCAAUCCUGUGGCACCAACUAACCACAAAGAGGUCAAAACAUAAAAUGCACACAUUUACCUACCUCAGAAUCAUGGGUAUCAUACCAACAUGUAACCUAAAUGAAAAUCCUCAUUAGACUUUGCCACCCCAAAGUAGACAAAUAUGUGAAAUUUGGCCUGCUGGCCCAUGGACUAUUUACUUAACCUCAAAUGCAAGCUUUUGUAUAUUUCAUUUUCAAGAGAAGGAUUGUGUUAAACGUGUGUUUUUGGAGCAGGAUGUGUUGUAAAUAAUAAAGUUUUUUUUUUACUGCUA